AGGCUGGCUCUGUGUUUCUAUUGGUAAAUCCCUUCACGCCCACAGUUCAGUGUACACACCCCGGCUGAAGGUGAGAGUCUUUCAUCCCCGUUAUCCCGCUCAAGUUUGACCGUCUGUCGCCGGUAACGAAGCAGCAGCCAUGUCGGUGUUUUCUGAGGUCCCGCAAGCAGCGCCCGUCGCUGUUUUCAAGCUAACGCAGGAUUUUAAUAACGACCAGUUUCCCAACAAAGUCAACCUCGGAGUGGGAGCGUACCGGACGGAUGAAGGCAAGCCCUGGGUUUUGCCGGUGGUGAAGAAAGUGGAAAGCAUCAUCGUGAACGACACCACGCUGAACCACGAGUACCUGCCCAUCCUGGGCCUGCCCGAGUUCAGAUCCUCCGCCUCCAAGAUCGCGCUGGGCGACGACAGUCCCGCCAUCCAGGAGAACAGGGUGGGCGCCGUCCAGUGCCUGGGCGGUACAGGCGCUUUGAAGAUGGGCGCAGAGUUUCUCAGGCGGUUUUACAACGGAAAUAACAACACCAAGACGCCCGUCUUUGUGUCCGCACCUACCUGGGAAAACCACAAUGCAGUGUUCAGUAACGCUGGCUUCGAGGACGUCCGUCCAUACAAGUACUGGGAUGCACAGAACAGGGGGCUCGAUCUGGCCGGGUUUCUCGGUGACUUGGAAAGCUGUCCAGAGCACUCCAUCUUCGUCCUGCACGCAUGCGCCCAUAACCCGACUGGCACCGACCCAACACAGGAGCAGUGGAAGCAAAUCGCUGAAGUCAUGAUGAGGAGGAAGCUGUUCGUCUUCUUCGAUUCGGCCUAUCAGGGAUUCGCCUCCGGCAGUCUGGAUAAAGAUGCCUGGGCCGUCCGCUACUUUGUGUCCAUGGGCUUUGAAAUGCUCUGCGCGCAGUCCUUCUCCAAGAACUUCGGUCUUUACAACGAGCGCGUGGGCAACCUGACGAUCGUUGCCCGCGAUGCAGACAACCUGAAGAGGGUCCUCUCUCAGAUGGAGAAGAUCGUCCGGACCACCUGGUCCAACCCCCCGUCUCAGGGAGCUCGCGUCGUCGCCGUCACCCUCAACUCACCGGAGCUGUUUGCAGAAUGGAAAGACAAUGUGAAGACCAUGGCUGACAGGGUCCUGCUGAUGAGGGCUCAGCUGAAGGCCAAGCUCCAGGCUCUGGGGACUCCGGGGACAUGGGAGCACAUCACAGACCAGAUCGGCAUGUUCAGCUUCACAGGCCUGAACCCGAAUCAAGUGGAGUACAUGAUAAAGGAGAAACACAUCUACCUGAUGGCCAGCGGUCGCAUCAACAUGUGCGGUUUGACCACCAAGAACAUCGACUACGUGGCCGAGUCCAUCCACGAGGCGGUCACCAGCGUCCAGUAGAGACGGCGCCAGUCUGCUCCCAUCCCGCCGACGGCUUUCCUUUCCAUCCCGUAGAAACACACAGUCGCACAAACCCACCGACGGCUUACUCUGUUUGUCUUCCACAAGGUUGGACCGUUCUGGACCAACUGUAUUCCUCCUCGUAGAGUUUGCCGUGGUUAUGUAAUCCUAAUCCUAGUUUGUUUCUCUGCAUCGUCACCGACCGACGUGUUUCACGUUUUAUUAUCAGUCCACGUCAUUAGUGAGUCAGUCUGUGACUGUUGGUUACCUCAGCAGCAGCGAAGUGCUGAAAGCUGUGAUUCAUCCAUUCCAAAUGUUUGAUUACGUUUGUCCAGUUUUAUUUAGCCAUUAUUUUUUAAGACAAAUAAUAUUAAUUUGACCAAACUGAGCCGGCUGAGCUUUGAGAAGUGUUCAGCAUGAAUCACUCUGGAACUGUGAAUACGUGAUCUCACGAAGAUAUUUUUAACUUGAGCUGUGCAAUUUAUUUUUCUCAGCCCUCAGGGGUUAUAGUAAUUACCUCACUUUUAAUCCGUGUGUGAAGUCCGUCUCUUAUUAUUAGCGGAGCACGAAAGGCGGCGAGCGCUCGGACCGUGUGUCACGGCUCCAGAGAACUCGGCCUGCCCCUCCGCCGCCUGCUGAACAGCGUGACGUCUCCGGUUCUGUCAGGCGGCCGCCGGUGAACGUUGGCUGUCCGUUGCACGAGCGCGCCGUUACGUAAGGCUCCCACGUCUCACGGCACAAACACACUAAUCAUCAACCAAGUUGUGCACAGCUGUACACUUCAGCAGGUUAACUGAAG